AUGGGGACCCAGCAGGAGGCUCAGGGGCCUGGGCUGAGCCAGUGGUUCCCUCCCCACGUGUCCCCCGAGGAGGGAUCUCCCUCAGGAGCCCCUGGGACAGAGGAACCCGAGGAACAACAAAGGAACGGCCCAGACGGGGGAAAGUGCAAAAAUAAAGCAGAAAACCAUGAAAACCCGGCCGGGACAGAGGCAGGAACGCCGACAGAGAGCGGAGCGGGGACAUCCCCGAGCUGUCCCCUCCCCAUCCCCGCGCCCCGACUGGGCGAGGUGGAGACCGAGCUGCUCCGCGACGACGACGAGGAGGAGCUCGACUUUGGCGAGCCUGGAGUGACACCAGCAAGCCCCGAGCCUCCCGCCGGACCCCCCGAGGGUGGUUUUUGGAGCCGCCUUGACCCCCGGCUGGGGCUGCCCCUGCGGGAGGGGCUCGCCCGGUGCGGGAGGGGCGAGUACGAGGCGGCGGCCGCCAAAUUCUCCACGGCCCUGCAGCUUUGCAGCAGAGGCUUUGCCGUGGAGGAUCCCUUGGAGUCCUCCCCGGAGGACAUUUCCAGGGUUGCCGGUUUCAUCGAGGCAAAACUCGUCACCUGUUACCUGAAACUGGGGCAGCCUGGCAUCGCUCUGAGUCACUCACACAGGAGCAUCAUCCAGAACCCCUCCUGUUUCCGCAACCACCUGCGCCAGGCCGCCUGCUUCCGAUGCCUGCGGAGAUACUCGGAAGCCGCCAGGAGCGCUAUGAUCGCCGACUGCCUGUACGUCCUGGCAGGGGGCACCAGGCUGGGGACCAGCGACCUCAUCCAGCUCUACUGGCAGGCUCUGAUUCAAGAAGCCCUCAGCGAAGAAGCGUCUUUUUCUGUCCUGUACACGCCUUUUGAGAACGAGGACGAGGCUGAAAAAAUAAGGGAGGCCACCGAAACCUUUGCUGAGAAGCACCCUGAUUACGUGCAGCACAUAUUUACAGAUCCUUACGGAAUUCACCUGCUGCCAGAGGGAGUUGAGUCCCUGCCUGACCAGCAGUACUUACUGACCCUGGGCUUCAGGGACAAAGAGCUCGGAAAGAACGUGGAAAAAUCUGUAACUCGGAAGCUGCCGAUCUGUCCUGGGGCGUGUGGUGACACAGACCUCUGGGUUUGUGUGGUUUUGGGGUGUCGUUCCUGCUGCAGGUGAUCCGCCAGGGUCCUGAAAUGCCCCACGGAUUUCCACAGGAACAGAGUUCCCGACAGGCGCAGCCCCUGCGCCCGCGCCAUCGAGCGGUUCCACCGCGCCGCUCUGCUGGGCCGCUGGCACGGAGGGCACGAGCAGCCCCAGCUGAUGGCCCAAGCCCUGGCCGAGCUGGCCACCAUCCCCUACCUGCAGAGAGUCUCUCAGGAGGACGACAGGCUGCUGCGGUCGCUGACGGCGGACGCCACGGACAUGCUGGCUGGGAGAGCCGGGGAUCGCGCCUGGACUAAAAUACAGAAGCUGGCGCUGAUAGAGGAGGAGCUGAGGGAAGGAGAGGAGGAUUUCCUGAGGAACCAAAAAGUGCGAAAUCCUGGGGUGGAAAACUCGGGGCAGGAAUAUCUGAGGCUGGAAAACACCAGCGUGCUCAUCCCCGACCCUCGGAGCUUGGCCACGGAGUCAAAGAGGAGAUGCGUGGAUUUUGCCAAUAGUUAA